CCCUCUGUUAGCACACGGAUGUAGGAUGCAAAGCUAACACUGAGCUGUCGUUUACACAAUUAGAGAAAAGAUGGCUGGAGACUUGAAAGGUUUUGCGUUAGAAAAAGCAGAAAUGCUCUCCGGCCGUUUGAAGGAGCUCCUGUUUUUGGGACAGGACUACGUCCACACCCGGUUCGGGUUGGAUCUGGGUUUGAAGCCGGACCAAUACCCGACCUGGGUGAUGGUGAGCUCGGCCGCAGCGGGUCUGCUGCUGCUGCUGGCUCUGUCCUGGGCCGCGCUCUGUGGCGCCGUGACGGUUGGGAAAAAGCGAGGUUCCCCGGUGACCCAGGUCAGCAGUGAGUCCGCCAAGGCCGGUCCUACUACGAAGACUGCCAAAGCGGAGGAACAAAAGAAGCGGAACAAAAAGAAAACAGCUGCUGAAAAGGCUCCGCUGGCAGCAGCGACCAACUGUGGAACUACGAAGAGUCAGUCUAAUGGACAACCAGUGAGUGUGGCUCAGGCGCAGAAUAAAGUCAUUCAAGGUGUUUCCAAGACGUCCCCAAAAAUCAAAGCUGAGAAGGUUCAGGAAGUACAGGUUCCUAUGCAGGUGAAAAAGAACAAAAAGAAAAGCAAGACUGAUGUGAAACCAGUCCAGACUGUUUCUACAACUGAUGCAAAGGAAACUGAUGAAGGUGCAUGGGAAACCAAAGUUAGUAACCGUGAGAAGAGGCAGCAGCGCAGGAAAGACAAGGGCCCUGAGGAUUCUGGGAGCUCAGGAGGGGUGGAGGCCCCUAAGGUCACCAAAACACCCGUCAACACCAAGAAGAACAAAGGAAAUCAGGAGUCACUGCCUUCGAAAAUAACUGCAAAAGUGGAAAAAACUAGUGGAUCUGGUAAAGUGUCAUCAAACUGGAGAGAGGAAUCUUCAGUUAAUGGUGUUGGAUGGACCGACAUUUCCCUGAAGCAUCCAGAACAGAUGGUAGCUAACGACCGACCUAAGUGGAGGAACACACCCACAGCUGCACAGUACAAUGGCCCAACUGAGACCCAGUGCUGGACCCAGGAGACACAAGCUUGGAGUGGCAUUGAUGGAGGAGUCAAAGCUGACGUGGGCUCUGUGUCCUUCUCCAUGCAGAGACGAAACAACACAGGUCGUAAAAACCCACUCUCCAUUCCCACUGAGCUACAGUGGACGAGCAACAUGGACGUCAAUGAUGAGUGGUCUGCUUUUAAUGGUUUGACAGCUGCUGACCCAACAUCUGACUGGAAUGCUCCAGCAGAACACUGGGGAAACUAUGAAGAACCUCCUGUAUUGGUGACAUCAGCUCCUCCACUGAAGGAACAGCAGAUCCUCAACAAGUUGUCUGAAGAUGAGAAGAAUGCCAUAGACCCCUCUGGAGGUGCAGCAAAAACCAAGAGGAGGAGAAAGAAGAAGAAAACAGAGGAAGAGGAGGCGACAUCUGAGGCUCAGCAGAUGGGGGUUAGUUCAGUGAACCAAUCUCAAGAGCUUCCUGCGAUGGCCUCCAAAAAGCAGAACCUCUGUGUUUCGUCUUCUACAAAAAUAACUGAGCAGACCGUGGAGCCUCCAAAACCCUCCCAGAAGAAGAAAUCCAGACGAGAGACAUGAAAUUACUUCAGGUUCAAACGAAACAUAUGCAAACAAACGUCAAAUACAUCCAAUGCAAUAAUUUCCAGAUGCAGUCCUUCUGAGCUACAUUAACAGUUCCAUUAUCAGUUACAAAACACAAAUAAAAUAAAACAAGCAGUGAAUAACACGUGCUUGGCUAAAUAUAGUAAUGAAAUCAGGUCCUGUGGACUCAAUCUUAUCUAAUUUGCACUAUUUCGCUACACUGCAGUUUGGGAGUGUUAGAGAGACUGGCAGUGGUGGUACAUGUUCAUGUGGUCAUUCUUUUUCUUAAUGGCAUCUGAAGUGAUUUUUAAACAUUUAAGCAACAGAUGAACACAAACACUUUUUUAUUUUAGAUAUUUUUGAAGAAUUUUAUACAUCGUCAAUGUGGUUUCACACCAAAAGCAAAGACUAAAGGAACAUAUUUUAAUGUGAAUAAAGUGGGAAGUUAUUUCCUUCCUUCAAACCACCCAUUGAGCAGACCACUCUUUUCGGUUUCUAUCAGACUUCGUUGCACAAAAUUGGCUCUGCAUUUGGUGUGAAGACCAUUGAACUCACAAAACGUUGCACUGUCGUGCUGCUGUCUGUACAACAAAUAACUGAAAUGUGGGGAGAGCGAACAGUACUGUAAUGCUCUUAAUAGUCUUAAAUUUAUCUGAAAUGGUUGGUCCUGAAUAUCUGAUUUGACUUAAGACAUGAAAAAAAGCACACGGGUUAUAAACAGGGCCAAAGUUGUUGGCAACAGAUGUUUACAGUUGCCCACAUGGUCAGUUUGUGUGGCCCAUGUGUGGAUUAUGCAGACCGACCCAACUUUGUUUCCACUCUGGCUUCUUUGUAAAUGCUGACUGGAUCGGCCUUUUAAAGUGUGCAGUAAUUCAUGUUAACCACCAAGAGGCAGUGUAACGCGAGAGAGCGGGUAGUGUUAUCCUGUUGAAUAGAAGCACUACUGUGUGUAGUUUUUACUUUUGUCAUUCUGAUGUCUCUCUUUAGCCACAAAAUCGAUAUGUUUAUAUUUUUCAAACUUGAUGCUCUCGUGUCUCCUCCACGUUUAAAUGUUUUUUCUUUCAAACGUAGUGCUAGAAAAAGCAUUGCCAUAUGUACAGACCGUAAGGGCUUCCCACAGUUCUGUGAUUGCACUGUGCAAAAGGCUGCAUUCAGUUCCUUUUGAUGUCAAUGAAUUGUUGUUUUUAAUUCCUUUUUGUGGAAUGUGAAGUGUGCAACAUUUUGUGGUGUGAUCUGUGAACGCAGGUUCAUCCACUGAAACUGAAGAACGAAAACAAAUGCCGUGAGAGAAGGAACAGCUAUAAUUUCACCUCAGACCUGGAUUUAAACAUCAUCACAUACACAAAGACAGAAGUUUAUGUUUAGAGAAGGAAUUUAAUUCCAUUGCCUUAAUCUGAAGAUGUAUAGCAUUGGCAUCUUUUUAAAGUUUCAGUCUAACAGCAAAUUUUGAUGUCAGAAGUAAUUUGGGUUUUUUUGUUUUGGUUGUUUUUUGCAUGACUUUGAUAAUAGUUCUUGUGUAAAUGAAAUCAUGACAAUUUUUUGCUUUAACUGUUUAGUAUUUGGUGCUGUAGUAGCCCACCAGUCUGUGUGUAUACUGUCAUAGCUUUUUAAAGGAGACGUACUGCAGCUUUCUUUGGGAACUGAGUUUUGCCAGACAGACAUUAACAGGUGUCUGUUGUCUAUGCUGAUAACUUUGUAUGUAGACCUGAUAGAACUUAAUGAUUUUUGCAGUGGCUUCAGGAAUCUUUUAUUAUUAUUACUGCUGAUUAAAAUGAUCUAAUUAAUGUAUUUAUAUACAUGUCUCCACAAAAUGUUUGUGAAUGAUUUUGUUAAUUAAUGAGAUUCAGAUAUUUCUAUUGUUUGUUUGGUCAAGACAAAAAAAAUAAAAA